CAACGACGAUGACGACAAAGGGCUACAAAACUUCUCACAAGCGCUGCCUUAUUGCGGUCCAUGUCCAGUCGAAGGAGACAAACCGGUUCUGUGCUUACGCUCCACACUGCCCUUCUGAUUUCUCUACUGCAUUARUGUCCGAAAUAAAUUGACACACCACUUCAAAAAGACACCAAAAAUGGCUGCUCGCAAAGAAAAUAUUCCUUYAAACUGGAAAUCUUGUUUCCGAGACGACCUCUUCCGGAACAAAGUAGCUCUCGUCACGGGUGGGGGAACCGGGAUCGGUAGAUCAAUYGCCACCGAAUUGGCUUUGCUUGGAGCAACAGUCGUCAUUGCCAGUCGCAGCACGGCAAAAUGUGAGGCAGCAGCAAAAGAGAUCAAUGGCGCCCUAGAGAGUUUCAAUKCUUCGUCAGCCGGUCGAGUGGUGGUCGGUCCUUCCACAAACAUUCGAAAGGAAGAGGAAAUUCAAAAACUGAUCGAGCAUAUUGUCGAAAAAUACGGAGCCCUCAAUAUGCUCGUCAACAAUUCUGGUGGCCAGUUUAUUCAAGAGAGCGCCGAAAUAAGUCGACGGGGAUUUGCUGCUGUCGUCGAGACGAACUUGCAGGGCACGUUCUUGAUGAUGCGAGAGGCAUUCAAUCAGUACAUGAGGGAUCACGGGGGUUCARUCGUGAACAUAACCAUUGGAAAUCGGAACGGCAUGCCCGGAAUGAUGCAUUCUGCGGCAGCUCGCGCCGGAAUCGAAAACAUGACGGCAUCGCUUUGCACGGAAUGGAUCGAGAGCAAUGUUCGAAUCAAUUGUGUGCGUCCCGGCAUCAUCUUUACGGAGUCGGGAUUCGAGAAUUAUGGCCCAGCUGGCGAAUAUUUUAUAGGGAAGAUAAUGAAAUCGCUGCCGUCGCGCCGACUUGGAUCGGCGCAGGAAGUCGCUAGCGCCGUAACAUGGUUGCUCUCGGACGGUGCAUCAUAUGUUACUGGCAGCACCAUUUGCGUAGACGGUGGUGGAUCCUACGUUGGCCUUCCUUUAAUAGAAAUAGAAGACAAAGCACAUUUAUCAGUGUAUGGAAGCUUGCCGACGAGGGCAAAGCUGUGAUGGAUAAGUCUUUGUAACAAAACACGAAACAAAUAGUUUGAUCUGGAAGUGUUCUAAGAAUUUACUUUUCAUGUUUUCAUUGAAAGGUAGCGUGAUUUAAUUGAAAACUUUGUAAAAAGUACCUARUUCCAGAAGAAACAAGAAGUAACAACAUAGUGCCGUAUUUUCGCUCAUUCCUCUUUCGAUGACGCCGAUGAUCUAGACUUGAUGAACUCGUAGUUGUAACUCUUCCCGGUUUUUGGAUCCAGCUGCGCUUUUGGAUUUACUCGAUCAGAAGGGUCAUAKGGUCGGUACGAUCCAAACAAAUAGUCCCAAAACAUUGUAUAUUGUCCGUAAUUGCUCUGGGGGAUCCGAUGGUGCACGUCAUGGGCUUUGGAAUCAAAUACGGUUACACCGAACAACGUGAAGCUUAGAUCGAACCGGGUGUGGUUCAGUCCAGCGAGCACACCGCCGAUCGCCAGGAAUAGAAGAGGSGCAAGAAUGUGCAUUCGAAGGUUGAAGACGCGACAGCACAAAAAGAUCGUCCAUAGAUGGUUGUAUUCUCCGAGGGUAAACUCGACGGGAUGAACAUUGACUGCAUCAUCGGUGGCCCUGCUCGGUGCCUUCUGGGUAUGAUGGUGUUUGUGAAUGACUGGGUAUACCGCUUGCAGGUGCAGAAAUCCAUGCAAAAGAGUAUAAAAAAAAUCGUACACG